AUGCCGGCAGGACAUGGAGUUCGCGCUAGAACAAGAGAUCUGUUCGCCAGAGGGUUCAGGAAGAAGGGUACAAUCCCAUUGUCUACCUACCUCAGGAUCUUCAAGGUCGGAGAUUACGUCGAUGUUAAAGUGAAUGGUGCGAUCCACAAGGGUAUGCCCCACAAGUUCUACCACGGUCGUACUGGUCGUGUCUGGAACGUCACCAAACGUGCUGUUGGUGUCGAAGUCAACAAACAGAUUGGUAACAGAAUCAUCAGGAAGAGGCUUCAUGUGCGUGUUGAGCACGUGCAGCAGUCAAGGUGCGCAGAGGAGUUCAAGCUGAGGAAGAAAAAGAACGAUGAGCUCAAGGCUGCAGCCAAAGCUAAGGGUGAGACAAUAAGCACCAAGAGGCAACCUAAAGGACCCAAACCAGGAUUCAUGGUUGAAGGUAUGACCUUGGAGACAGUCACUCCUAUUCCUUACGAUGUCGUCAACGAUCUCAAGGGAGGCUAUUAG